UACCAACGAAGAAAAGCAGAAGGAGCAGCCUACUGGGUGAAAACUGCGAAACUUGACCGGGGAACUCUUGGAAUGUCUCUUUCACAAGUUUUAUCUGACAAGAAAAGCCCAGCAAUCUUUGUUGGUGUCCUUACAAUUGAUGACAAAUGCUACAAUGCUCAGAAGAAGGACGUCACAGGCCCAAAAAUUCAGUCAAUCUUAACAGAGAUUAAAGGUUUUCGAGUUAUCAUAAGAACUGAAAAAAUUGUUCGUGACGAUAUUGAUGAAAUUAAGAACACCCUGUGUGUUUGGUCGGAUAAGCUUGCUCUUGACAUGAUCAUCACUGUUGGUGGAAUUUCCCUCAAGGCAAAUUCUGUGACGCCUGAAGCUACUCAAGCUGUGGUUCAACGAGAAGCUACUGGACUUCAAACUGCAAUGGUAAUGCGGUGCUUGAGAGAUGACCCAAGAUCAAUGGUUUUCAGAGGCAUUGCUGGUAUACGAAAUAAAACAUUGAUCAUAAAUUUGCCAGGAUACCUUCAAACCGCUGUUGCAUGCAUUGAGGCUAUUAGCACAUCAUUACCUGUUGUGCUUGGUCAGCUAAAAGACAAGGAACAAGUCUUUAAAGAAACCAUUACUCGAAAAUCUUCUCUAAAAGAUGAUUUGAUAAAUUUUAACCUUCCAUUUACUCCACAAGCCCCAGCUAUCACAUUACAGACUAAAAUUACAUCAUCUAGCAAUCAACCAAGAUCAACAAAUGGUUCUCAAACGUUGGAUUCGUCAUCUGUCUCUUCUGCAAUUAGCACUAAUCAUUCUCAGAUACCAACUAGCCUUUCCAGUGGUCUUCUUUCCACUGAUUCACAGAUUCUGGAGGAAAACCACGCACCAGUUGACAUACACCAUGCACCAGUUGACAUACACCAUGCACCAGUUGACAUACACCACGCACCAGUUGACAUACACCAUGCACCAGUUGACAUACACCACACACCAGUUGACAUGCACCACACACCAGUUGACAUGCACCACACACCAGUUGACAUACACCACGCACCAGUUGACAUACACCACGCACCAGUUGACAUACACCACGCACCAGUUGACAUACACCACGCACCAGUUGACAUGCACCAUACAGAGUUUGAUAUAAACCAAGAACAAGAUGCCCACCAUGUUUCUGAAAAUAUACACCAUGCUUCAUCUCUAAAUAGCAAUAGUGAUACACACUAUGACGCUCAAUCUGAAGAUAAUCGUUCCAGCAACCUUAUAUCCAAAAAUGACUUGCUUCAAAUAAAUCAGGUACAAGUGGUGAGCAGUUUUGCUGAAAACCCGUUCCAAGAAAACUUUUCCGACAGUGGUGUUUCAGAUAUUGGAUCAUUGGGUGCACCAAAAACAGCUCGACGAGCUCGAGUUUAUCCUUAUCCACCAGUCAGCUUAGAGAAAGCGUUUGGGUUGGUUCUCUACCAUACUGUUCCAACAAGCAUAACUACAACAAAAGUGAAAGAUGCUCUGUAUUAUACGUUAGCCGAGGAUGUGACUUCAAAACAAUCCAUUCCUGUCCUGCCAACCUCUAUCUUAGAUGGCUAUGCUGUCAUUGCAUUUGAUGUACCUGGAGACUUGGAAGUUAUAAACAACAAGCAGUUUGGAAACUCACCUGUGUAUGUCUCAGCUGGUAAAUGCUUGCGAGUAAAUACUGGUGAUACCAUGCCCCCAGGAUCAAAUGCAUGUGUCAAAGUUGAAGACACAACUGUUUUGCAAGAGGCAGAAGAUGGCGAUUGCGAACUAGCUAUUCGUGUCAAUGAGUUGGUAAAAGUUGGAGAAUCUGUCCGAGAUCCUGGAUGUGAUCUUCAGAAAGGAGAUCUCAUCUACUCUGCAGGGACAAAACUAAAUCAAAUCUCAAUAGGCGUACUUGCAGCUGCUGGUGUGUCCAAUGUUCCUGUUUAUAAGCUGCCAGUGGUUGCAGUAUUUUCUAUUGGUAAUAAGCUUGUGGAUCAAAACAAAGAAAAUGUAAGAUUGGACGAAAUUCGAGACACAAACCGUCCAACACUGCUGAUGCUAUUGCGCAAUCAAGGUUACCCAACUAUUGACUAUGGUAUAUUGCCUUCAAAUCGUGCUCAAGUGAAGGAAAUGCUAACUCUAGCUUACCAGAAUGCUGAUGCUGUGAUUUCAACUGGUGGUUGUUCUCUUGGUGAUAAGGACAUCGUCAAAUCAGUUAUACAGGAAAUUGGAGGGACACUGCAUUUUGGAAGAGUAAACAUUAAACCUGGAGCACCAGCUGCAUUCGGAACAUUAAAAACUGCAGCUUCAAAGAAAUUAUUUUUUUGUUUACCCGGUGUCCCUGUACCAGCUUUAACCGCUUAUUACUUGUUGGUAAAACCGUGUUUGCAAAAGCUGUCUGGAUUCAAAACAUAUGAACGGAAAAUCAUCAGAUCCGGGUAUCAAGCGACAUCAACCUUGGCCCGACACCUGAAUGCCAACGAGCAACUGUUCGUUAUGAGAAGAAUGAGGUUGUGCCGUUCUCUGAUGUUACUGGAAACCAAUCCAUACAUCGCCUACAGAGCAUGGCUGCAGCCAACCUCUUGCUUCUCCUGCCAGGCAAAACAUCAGAUCUGUCCGUGAUUAAAAAAGGGCAAAUCGUUGACUCUCUGGUCAUCGAUGAGAUAUAAACACACACCUUGUUUCUGUAAAUUUCCAAACUCAUCGCUUGCCUGCUCACAUUUAUCAUGAAUUUAGUUACAGAAAACAUUAUUGGGUUUUGAUUUCGGUGUAUGAAGUAAUUUCAUAUUUUUUAAACAAAUUUUGUUAUUUUUUUAACUUUUAAUUUAUUCAUUUUACUACUAUUACAUUCAAAGUUUUAAUUUGAGGGUUGGUUUAGAAUAAUGAAUUAUAAGCAUUAACAUGUUGUUCAGUUUGCACUAAGGAAAGAGAUUUUCACCUGGUCAAUUACUGCUUGUUAUCCCGCCCAUAUAGUUAUCUGUAAAAUAAGUUUCAUUGUAAAUUUACUUGUGCUGUGUCUGUCAAAAGUAUUAUUAAUACUAAUAGAUAUGUUUUAGCAUUUACCAUUUAGUGAACCAACGUUUCAAAGUCCCAUUCACAUUCCCCCUUUCAGGGUUACCCCAAUAAUAAGUGCCAGAACAGCUGUAAAUUUUCAUAGCCUAUUCUCAAUUUUGUAUAUUGCUUUCGAAUAUUUUAAAAUAAAUAUGUAAAGUAACAUAUUAAAAAUAUGGUUUAAAACAGAACUCAUUUGGUUGGUUUUAAUAUUCCAACCAUAGUACCCCAUGUUUUUACUUUUGGUGCUUAAUUAGUAUAUCGUAUUACAGACGGUAGCUUUUCGGAAUCGCUUUAUAAAAAAUUGUUAAUUUGCCAAUUUAUUACUCUUGCAAACUGUGUUUCCACAAUUGUAUCAUCGCUUCUCUCUUAAAACAUCUUAAUAUGGUUACCGCACACUUUUAAAUGAUCUCUUACUUUCUUGCUCAUGUACAUGAAGUGUUGUGUUAGGCUUCUACUGCAGUAAUUGUGAACCAUUCACAUUGCAGCAAUCCACACAACUCACCCUUUAUUCCAUGAACUAGUUUGUGAUUUUCUUACUCGUUAAUUCCAGUAUAAGCCCUUUGUCCCCACUUAGAGCUUGGAAAACAUCCUACAUUUAGUUAUGCUUUGCAAUUUAUAAUCAUCACAAUGCUGCUGUCUAAGAUUGUACAUGUUUAAUGCUUUCGUACAUUGCUUUGAUCACCGUAGACAUUUCUACAUAAAGAGACGUCACAAACCUCCUCUUUUUUAUGUUUUUGUGCUUUGUACCAUGUUGUUCCACUUUCUAUUCCGCACUAGUCGUUAGUGACAAGUUGUUUUGUUAUGAAUUUAUCAGAUUCGAGUAAAUGUACAUGAUUUGUUAUCACUUUGUUGUCCACUAAUAAAAUGCUUACAUGCUUCGCAUCACAUA